CUUCAGAACUUUAUAGAUAUUUAAACAAAUUGGUGGGAAGAAAAGAGAACACAAUUAUAGUUCCGGAUCAACAAAGACUCUUUUGGUAAAAUAACUGCUUGUAUUCAGCUGCGUCCUGGCACAGGUUUAUUUUGACUGACUAAUUAUCAACAUCCAACCAUAGACCUAAAAGAAAGCAUCCAACCAAACUAAUGCUAAGUUAACGUUGCGACAUGGCUGCAAGUAGCGUGCUAAGUAGCAAGUUAGCCUAGCAACUGCCGGACUGCAUCCAUUCAGCUGAAGUAAAGCAACACUGACUCAAGGGCACGUAAACAGCCGGAGCUACACCAGCAGGCAUGGCCCACAAGUGAUGUAGAAGGUGCUGGAGAUGGCAGAAGGAACUCAUGUUGGCGACAUGCCCUCCUUCCAGCUGGUUGCAAGUGCUGAAGCAAAAAAGAGGCCAAAUUCAUCAGAUGGAAGAGAGGAGCCAAUGAGGAAGAUGCCAGUAUCAAAAUAUAACCCCAGGCCUCGAUUUGAGCCUGUGCAAUUUGUCAGUAGUGGCGUAAGUGGGGGAACCACAGAUGAGAAGGAGAAUGAGAAAGACCGCAGGAGAGGCGAGAUGAACAGUAUGAGGCCGAGAGAUCCUCCACACUCCGCUUACAGCCGUUCGUAUGGCUCUUCGUCAACAUACGACCGCGGCUCAUCAUACGGCUCUGACUCAUGGGCCGAUCGCAGAGGCAGAGAUGUGGCCUCAGGCAGCACCAGUGGCCUCGGCUAUAGCAGCAGAGGGUCCGGCUCAAACUACAUGUCAAAAAUCCAACAGGACUACACAGCUAGAUACGACGCACAUAAUUCCAGACAGCCUGACUCCUCCUCCCAGUCCUACAGGUAUGAUGGGUAUGGCGGAGGCAACAGGUCCAGGGGCUGGGAUUCCGCGGGGCGUCAGGGCCUGGGAUUUGGACACCAGGACAGACCUUCGUCCAGCAGAGCUUUCAGUCGUGUCUGUAACAGUCCAGGAAGGGGCACCCCCAUGCAGGCGGCCAUCUCUUCUCAGCCCACUCCAGUGGCCGCUGCCACACUGGAGGAGAAGCAGAGAUUAGUUGCACGUGUGGCAUGCGCCAUUGCAGCCACGUCCAGAGACCCUACGGCUUUGAGUGGCUCGGACACGCCAAACUACAACUUCAUCCUGAGCCGGAGCAUCCAGGCCUGCAAGACCAACCCCGAGUACAUUUAUGUCCAUCUCAAAGAUAUCCCUCCAGACGACCUGCCCAAGAACAGAAAAGUGCCCACCGAUGGAUAUGCAUGCGAACUGAGAUGUCAGUCUGUUUACUUAGCAACAGGGUAUUCUGGAAGCAAGAAUGGUGCCAGGGACCGCGCUUCAGAACAGGCCGUUAAGCUCUUCCUGCAGCCUGUGGAGGCCCGUGUGGUGCAGCGCAAAUACAAGCAUGCUCCUGUAAAUGACAUUGUGGUGUGUCUAAUGCAUGUGUCGACCCCAGUGUUAGUCCCGCCGCUCCGCAAUCCAGAGGACAAGCCACCUCUGAGCUCGAAGGGUAUUUAUGAACCAGACAAAACCAAGCACUGGACAGAGUUUGUAAUUGUGGACAAUGCUGUGGACGCUAUCUGCAUCCUGAAUAACUCCGCAGCUUACAAUCGCAUGAAAAUUGACUACAAAUUUGAGCCGGUCCCCAAUAGCAACAUCUUCAUGUGUAAUGUGUUCUUGCAAGAUGAACUUGUUGCACAGGCUAGGGGAACCAAGAAGACCUCAAAGCAUUCAGCUGCUGAAGAGGCCCUUAGGAAGCUGAGGUUGAAUCAGGCUGCCAGAGAUCAGCAGCAGCAACAGCAGCAACAGCAACAACAACAGCAGCAACAGCAGCAGCAGCAGCUGCAGAUGCAGUACCAGAGCAGUUACGUUCCAGACAGUGCCCGCUUUAGCCAACAACACGGGGGCAGGAAGAAACAACUUAGCGAAUUAGUGAUCCUAGAAAAUUCUGACAAUGCCAUCUGCAUUAUCAACGAUACUGCCCAAUUCAACAAAGUGUCUGCUGACUACAAGUUCACAGUACUGCCAGACCACCGCUGGAGAUGCGAGGUGUACUUAGAGGGUCAGUAUGUGGCAUCGGGUGUUGGGCCCAAGAAGCAUGUGAAACACACCGCAGCAGAGGAGGCCCUGUUGACUCUACGGCAGACACAGGCAGUGGUGAAGUCCAACCUCAGGAAGGAAGGCUACGCCGAUGCUCUGUCCCGUACACAGAUCUUGGCUCGAUCCGGUGAAGACUGCCUGCAGCAGGAGAUCAAAGAGGACAAUAUUGGCAACCAGCUGUUGCGCAAGAUGGGCUGGACCGGAGGUGGACUGGGCCGUGAAGGGGAGGGCAUCGCUGAGCCCAUCAGGGUGAAGGAGCAGUUCACCAGGGAAGGGUUGGGCAUGGAUAUGAACCGACCUGGGAGCCAGCUCACCAAACGAAACAUUGAGGAGAUCAUUCGCAAUUAUGCCGUCUCGGACCGCAACGAUGACCUGCGCUUCUCCACCGAGCUCAAUAAUGACGAGCGCAAGCAGAUCCACCAGGUGUCCCAGAAGUAUGGGCUGCGCAGCAAGUCGUACGGACAAGGCAAGCAGCGCUUCCUCAUUGUCAGUCGCAAGGUGCAUAAAGACCAGUUGAUUGGUCAGCUCCUGCAGGAAGGGCAGGUGGGCAGAUAUGAGCUGGUGAAACCUCAGGCGUCUCACUAACUGGACAUGAAUAACCCCAAGUAAUCUAAAGAUAAUUUUCAGUCUGGGGGUGUCUUGUGAAAUAUACUCUUCUGUUUGAUUUCUCAAAAAGAUUUGCUGUAAAAGAAACUGUACAAUGUAUUUUUCAAACUCUUCUGUAUCAGGAAACACCUCUGUUGCUUCUUCAUUCCUGGACAGACAAAUAGAUAACUCAUGUAGGCAGUCGAUACUGAACACAAGUAGAUAUUUUGUUUUGUGUUGUGCAUUUUCUGCGUGUGCUUUUUACCAUGUCAUUCCACUUAAUCUUGUCUGCUGUAGCUCUCACUUUGGCACUCUGGGGCAAGCCAAGAUUUUUUUUUUUUUUUUGCUCACAAGUUGUAAACACAAAGUAGCCAACAUGAAAUGGUUUAGGUCAUCUCUUGUAUCCUUGGAGCAUAGACAGUGGAUGGUACCAAGGGAGCUAUUUUUGGCGGCAAGUGCUCCAUUUUACUCUACUUUUGUAGACAUUCCAUCCCUUAGAUUUUGUUUAAUAUAAGAUGUCACUUUUCACAGCCAUCUAUUACAAGAUCUUUUUUAUCUGCCUGACAUGACUUCUGCAGAAUAUUUAUCAUGACUCUGAUGAAUUGAUGUAUUCCAAACAGAAGAAAAACAGAACCCAUCUUUAAAACUUGUCUGAGAGUAAGCCAUUUACAAUGCUAUGACCUGGUAAAUGUGCAAGCAGUAAUAUCUGUAAGAUGUAGGUGAAAUAGCCUUUUUUGUUUGUGGAUACUGUUAACUUGUCUGCUUGUUUUCAUAUCUGUAAUAACUGAACAAUAAACUCAAUCUGAUCGUCAUCACUGAACUACGACCCAAGAGGAUCACUCCAUUUCAUUUCCCCUCCUCCCCACUACCCAACCUUAAUAAAUGCAUUUCCAGACUUU